CCUCCCUGUGUCUUCAUCGCGAAACGAAGUUCUCUACCCGUCUCGUACUCAAAGCUUCCGUCUUUCUCUUUCGGUCUCUAUCUCUCGCUCUCUCUUAGAGUCGAUUAGCGAUGGCGCCGAAGGCGGAGAAGAAGCCGGCGGAGAAGAAGCCGGCCGACGACAAGAAGGCCGAGAAGGCGCCGGCCGAGAAGAAGCCGCGGGCGGAGAAGAAGUUGCCGAAGGAGGCCGGGUCGGCGGACAAGAAGAAGAAGAAGGCGAAGCGGAGCGUGGAGACGUACAAAAUCUACAUCUUCAAGGUGCUGAAGCAGGUCCACCCGGACAUCGGCAUCUCCAGCAAGGCCAUGGGCAUCAUGAACUCCUUCAUCAACGACAUCUUCGAGAAGCUCGCCCAGGAGUCCUCCCGCCUCGCCCGCUACAACAAGAAGCCCACCAUCACCUCCCGGGAAAUCCAGACCGCCGUCCGCCUCGUCUUGCCCGGGGAGCUGGCCAAGCACGCCGUCUCCGAGGGCACCAAGGCCGUCACCAAAUUCACCAGCUCUUAGGGUCCUUCCUUAUUCUUUUUUUCGAGGGGUAGGGGAGUGGGAGUGAGAGUGGGGGUGUUCUCUCCUUUAUGCGGUGGCAGGUGGGUUAGGGUUUCCAUUCGGGAUGUAAAGGCUAGAAUAGGAGGUGGUAGUUUGGUUAGUGUUCGUUUAUGUGCAUUUCCCCUUUGGGUUUUGUGACUUUUUUCUUUUUUAUGUCUCGAGCGGAAUCAGAUAGAAUCUUUUGUUGCAAUUGCUGAAGUUGAAAACUUUUCUCGUUUUCAAUAUGAA